CCCGAAAGCUCCCCCUUACAUUCUUCCCGAAUCUCCUGAGUUGCUCCUUAGACCGUUCCUUUUCUCGCCUCGGUGUUUGCUCCCAUCAAUAGACACCGGUAGUUUCAAGGCUUCUGGCGAGUUGGAGAAAUCCAGGUAGACUCUGUGCGGGUCCUGGGAUUGUUAUCCUGAGCCAUGGCGUUCUCUAGGUGGCCCUCGUGUCUGGUGGUUCUGCUGCUGAUCGCGAGCUCGUGCCAAGCUCAACAAGUGGUUCGGCUCGGGUUUCUCCUACCAUAUCCCGAUGGUGACUCCGCCGUCCCGCAACGACUCGCCGAUGAAUGGAUCUCCGCCGUCCGUGUGGCCCUGGAGGUUCUCGGCCCCAAAUACGAGAACAACUUCGUCGUCGAGCCGUUCGUCCAGAACUCCGCAUGUGAUGCUGAAGUCGCCGCUCAGGCCGCCCAGCGACUGGUCUUCACGAACGUGGUCGGCGUGGUGGGUCCGGCGUGCUCCGAGGCCGUGAAGGGAGCCAACCCCGUGCUCAAGGCGGCCGGCAUCCCUUUCGUGUCGUUCGCCGCCACUGCCGACGGCUUCUCCAGUGACGUCGACUACCCCACCUUCUUCCGCACUGUCUUCCCUGACUCGGACCAAGCCACGGCCAUCGUCUCCGUGAUCGAGCGUUUCAACUUCGACCAGAUUCACCUCUUCUAUUCCGACGAGCUCUAUGGAACCUCCCUCGCCAAGGGCAUUAAGGACCUUCUGAUCGGCAACCGCACGCGCGUGCUGCAGCCGAUCAGGAUCCCCUACCCCGUGGACCCCACCGCGCUCGACAAGUAUUUCGCCAACAUGAAGCCCAGCAGCGCGUCCGUCUGCGUCUUCGCCACGCUGCCCAACGUGGCAGAGGCCCUGUGGAAGACGGCUUUCAGGCUGGGCCAGACCAAGUUCCCGUACUGGUACCUGGGAGCGGACGGAGCCGUCGCCUUUGACCUCGUAGGCGAAGGCGAGGACCUUGCCAACCUCACACACGCCCUGCAGGGAGAGAUUGGCGUCGGGCCUUACAAGGGCAACUACCACCCGCGCACGUCCCCCUUCAACGAGUUCAAGGACUUUUGGGCCACCAAGACGCACGAGGAGUACCCCGGCCUGCUCACCCUCGACGUGUCUCCCAGGUUCACGGAAGCCCGCGCCUAUGUAACCAACCUGAUCGACUCCAUCUAUGCGUUCUUCAUAGCGUUUAACAACAUUGUUGUCACCCAAGGCAAGGACGUGACUGCUCCACUGCUGCUGGACUGCUUCCGGGGCGUUCCGUCCGACUGCGUGGCGUUCAACGGCGCCUCUGGCACGUUGAAAUUCAACAGCAGCACGGGCGAGAGGGCGACAGAGGCGUCGGUGCCGCAAUACGGCUUCUACAACCUCAUCGACGUCACGUGGAAGGAGAAGAGCAAGUGGGUGCUGGGCCAGUAUGACAUCAACCCCAACCUGGACUACAUUGAGCGCCCGGGCCCACUGCCCGCGAACUGGAAGGGGGACCUGGAGAAGCAGAUGGCGGCUAAGGCUGCGGUGAUCCCGGCCGGCAUUGAGAACGCCCAGCCUGUUUCGGAUACGUUCGACACCCUGCCUGGUGCCAAGGAGAAGGAUUACAACACCACCACUACCAAAGCGCCUACACCCUCUGGUGGUGGAGGUGGGCCCAGCACGGGAGCCAUUGUUGCUCUCGUGUUGGUUAUUCUUGUAGCUGUUGGAGUGCUGGGAUACGGUGGAUGGUACUGGUACAACCGUAAUUACCGCCACCCGGAGCAUCAGACCUUUGUCCGCAUGCUUUGAUAAGCACGACGUGCAGAAGGUGACUUGUAGUGAAUGAUAGGCCAGGAGUACAGCAUAUUAUUAGAUGCGCUAAAUUUGCGUGUUUUUCUUUGCUUCAUGCCAUGGGAGCCAAUUAUUUCGGAAAGUUAGCGACAUGUAUGGCUGUGACAUGAAGCAUUAGUUUAUUUUGAGAUGCUUCAUUAUUAGAUUACUAUCAACUUUUGCAAAACGACCACAAUAUUCAUAU